UGAUCAGCUGUGUCCAAUCACAGCUGAUGACAUCUGUCAUGCUGACAGCUCGAGAGGAGAGCAGAGCCAGUAAUCGGCAUCCCUCGGAGGGGACAUGUACACUGAUCAUCAGGGCACUUGAUCAGUGUGCCAUGAUGAUCAGUGUAGCUCCAGCAGUGGCCACCUGUCAGUGUCUAUCAGUGCCAGCUGUCGGUGCUCAUCAGUGCAUCGUGCCAGUGCCCAUCAGUGCCACAUCAAUGCCACAUAUCAGUGCCUACCAGUGCACAUCAAUGCCACAUAUCAGUGCCCAUCUGAGCUGCCUUUCAGUGUCACCCAUCAGUGCCAGUCAGUGCCACCUAUCAGUGCUGCCAGUCAGUGCCGCCUAUCAGUGUGCAUCAGUGCCGCCUAUCAGUGCCCGUCAGUGCUGCCUAUCAGUGCCGCCUAACAGUGCCAAUCAGUGCCACCUAACAGUGCCCGUCAGU